CGUGACCGCGAUGUGUCACGCUCCCCUGUGUGAACAGCCUGCUGUUACCUGCCGCCUCAGCCCGCCGGAAGGGGAGUGGGGUGAAAGUCCCGCUCCCCCUGCCGGCAGCAGCUCCCGCUCCGCACACACUGGCUGCAGCUCCCACUACCGCCGCACCGCGGCUUCACGCCUCCCGCAAACAUGAACACUGCAGCUUCACUCCUAUCUGGGAGCCAGGAGCAAGCCGGACCCGGCAGUAACAGCACAGGAGGACGGCGCACAUUUGGAUCCUGCAGCAGAAGAGAAGAUCCUCCUUCGGAGCGCAGCAGACCACACUGAAAAGGGUGCAUCCCCGGUGCGGUGCUCUGCAUCCCGUGUGGCGCUGAAGACGUGGAGUGUCAGAGGUGGCAGAAGCGCCGCAGCUUUGGGCAAAAUGGGAAGCUGACCUAGGAGCUCUCUGAUGGGGAGUGAUAACCAGAAUUGUGGUUGCUCAAUCAAUUUAUUGACAUCUCACAGGGUGGAGCAAAGACACAGAACAUAAGCUGGGAGUGGCUGCUGGCAGGUAAACCUCUGUACUCACUAUGUGCAGGGAUCACUUAUAUGGAUCACACUUGUACAAGACACUCUAAAAAGUUGCUCUUAAGGACAUGGAGCUCACUGACCAACCUCGUGAUGGAGCUAAUGGAUUCAGCAACUCCGCAUUCCAGAAUGAUGAGUCUGUGUAUGAAGAAACCAUCAAAAAGGAUUUACAUAACAGGAAAUACAUCAAUGGAGAUUCAGUAAUUUGCCAGCUUGAUGAAGACAGUCAAAAUUCGAUAACAAAAGAUAGUGAUGGAGCCAUGAAAAAGAAAAGUUACUUGGAAAGCAAAUAUGAUGCCGUAUGUGCCUUCUGCCGCAAACAUAAAUCCAUAAUUAAACAUGUGAUCUAUGGCAUAUUGUUGGCAGGUUUUUUAGCGAUGGUGGUCGCUGCCUGUGCGCUGAACUUUAGAAGAGCCCUGGCUCUCUUUGUACUGACUCUGCUGGCCAUCUUCUUUGUAUGCUGGGAUUUAUUCAUGGACAGAUAUGAGGGCAAAAUUGUAAACUUUUUCUCCCCGGUCGGAACGUUCUUCAGUAAACAAUGGUUUUGGUUGAAAUGGGUAAUUUGGAUAAGUCUUAUUGUUGGAGUUAUACUAUGGCUUAUAUUUGACACAGCAAGAAUGGGAGCCAGUCAGCUCAUUUCUUUUGGUGGCCUUGUGAUGUACAUUUUUCUGAUGCUCAUCUUCUCCAAACAUCCAACUAAGGUUAAUUGGCGGCAAGUAUUUUGGGGGAUUGGACUACAAUUCCUUCUAGGACUGCUUAUCCUGAGAACAAAGCCAGGGUUUGAUGCAUUUAACUGGCUUGGGAUACAAGUGCAGACUUUCCUGGAGUAUAGUGACACAGGUUCAAAGUUUGUGUUUGGAGAUAAAUAUAUUGAUCACUUUUUUGCUUUCAAGGUUCUACCUAUUGUGAUAUUCUUCAGCACAAUUAUGUCAAUGCUUUAUUAUACUGGAUUCAUGCAGUGGCUCAUUAAAAAGGUUGGUUGGAUAAUGCAAGUUACCAUGGCAACAAGUCCAACAGAGUCCUUGGUUGCAGCAGGGAACAUAUUUGUGGGCCAGACUGAAUCUCCCCUUUUGAUAAGACCAUAUCUAGCCAAUUUAACCAAAUCUGAAAUCCAUGCAGUGAUGACUGCCGGCUUUGCUACGAUUGCAGGAAGUGUCCUGGGAGCAUACAUUUCAUUUGGCGUGUCUUCUUCACACUUGCUGACAGCUUCCGUCAUGUCAGCACCAGCGGCAUUAGCUAUCGCUAAGUUAUUCUGGCCAGAGACUGAACCUGUGAGAGUAACUAUGGAGCAUGGACUUAAACUGGAGAAGGGGGAUGCUAGAAACAUACUCGAAGCUGCAAGUCAAGGAGCAUCCGCUGCCAUUCCUCUGGUAGCCAAUAUAGCAGUAAACCUGAUGGCCUUUCUCUCGCUGUUAGCUUUCUUCAAUUCUGCCCUCUCCUGGCUGGGAAAUAUGUUUGACUAUCCACAGCUUAGCUUUGAGGUGAUCUGUUCUUAUGUCUUCAUGCCAUUCUCAUUCAUGAUGGGAGUGGACUGGGAGGAUAGCUUCAUUGUUGGAAAACUUAUCGGAUACAAGACAUUUUUUAAUGAGUUUGUUGCAUAUGAAUACCUUGCUGGGUUGAUUACCAAGAGGAAGGCCAGCGGUCCAAUGUUUAUAAAUGGAAUAAAGCAAUAUAUGUCAGUACGUUCUGAAGUACUUGCAACAUAUGCUUUGUGUGGAUUUGCAAAUUUUGGCUCCUUGGGAAUUACUAUUGGAGGGCUAAGCUCCAUGGCCCCCAGCAGAAAAAGUGAUAUUGCAGCAGGUGCUAUCAGAGCAAUGAUUGCUGGUACUGUAGCCUGCUUCAUGACUGCUUGUAUUGCAGGUAUACUAACUCCACCAGUUGGACAAAGCCCGUGUAGAGAUUUGUUAGACAAUACCUUUCUUAAUUCCACGAGCUUGCCUGUUAGCUCACAGGAAAUAAUUGAUUGCUGCUUAACUCACCUUCAAAGGGUUGCAACUGACACUAAUAUUACCAGCGGAAAUUACAGUAUGAGCAUAUUAUCUGGUUGCUGCCAAAUGGUCGAUUCACCACCUAUAAAUUGUACUUUGUUUGAGCUAUAGUUAGCAAUAACACUCUUUAGGCAUGUACAUUUCCUGUGCAUGAAUAAUAUUUCAAAUAGGGUUGGGUAAGAGUUCCCAGUGGACGGGUUGCCGGCAGUCAGAAUACAGACGCCGGAAUUGCGAUGUUAAAGACCCCAACAGGGGUGAGUUGAGGCUUCUAACUCCCCUCCAUACCCCCCUAAACCUAACCCCCCCACUUACUGCAGCCUAACCCUAACCCUCCCCCCUUAGUGCCUAAACCUAAUCUCCCCAGUUAGUGCCUAAACCUAACUCCCCCAUUACUGCAGCCUAACCCUAACCUCCCCGGUUAGUGCCUAAACCUAAUCUCCCCACUUACUGCAGCCUAACCCUAACCCUCCCCCCUUAGUGCCUAAACCUAACCUCACCCUUGUGGUGCCUAACCCUCCCCCCCCCCCCCCCCCCGUAGCCUAACCCUAACCUCCAACUUCUCGCAGCCUAAUCCUUAAACCCCCCCAGCCCACCCCCAUCCCCCGCAGUGUAACCCUAACCGUCUUGGUUAUACUUACUCUCGGGAUUCCAGGUGUCUGUUUUCCGGCGUCAGGAUCCUGACCCUUUCUGGAUUCCGGUGUCGUGUUUUGAUGGCUGUUGGGAUUCUGGCAUCGAUAUUUCUGCCGGUAUCUUGAAUGUAACCCUUUUAAACAUUUGUCAUUAUUUACAACUUCAUUCUUAAUGACACUCAAUGCUGGUGUAUACAUUUUAUACUUCAUUGGACAUUACCAUAAAAAGAUUACUCUUUAGCAUUGUGAAAUGAUGGCUAUAUUACUGAUGUGUACAGUUAAAUGAAAGUAUUUCAAUGUUAUUUAUACUGUAUGUCAUAAACUCCUUUUAUGUGUAACAAA